GUUCGCGCCAGUCUCGUUCGAAUAACGCGCCGACAUGGCCGCACCAAAGUUCCUGCUGUCCGCGUUGGGCAGUGUCCUGUUCUUCCUGCUGGCAGUGGAAGCCCAAAUUCCCAGCGAAUUCUACUCAUCCAUUCAGAACAUGGAGCUGCUGCUGAAGAGCGAACUCGCCAUUCUAGACCGACUGGAUAAGAUCAUCCGGCUGUCGGAGGCGAAGAUUAGCGAACUCAAACGUCAGCGGGACUCGCUACGGCAAGAUCUGGAAGGCGUUGACUCACUCGAGUACGUGUCCAAUCCGGUCAGUGCGUUCCUGAUGACGAAGCGACUGCUGAAGGAUUACCAGGAUAUUGACGAUUUGAUACGGAAAGAGUUGGACGUGAAGUUGAUUGAUGAAACGACGAUCAUACCCGCCACAGUUGAUUUGUUGGGUGUGGCGGAAGGUUUGUCGAGGUUGCAGGAUUUGUACCUGUUGGAGGUGGAGGAUAUGGCGGACGGAUACAUGUACGGGUACAAGUUGAACCGGAAGCUGAAUUCAAAGGAGUGUUACGAGAUUGCCCUGGCUAUGUCUCAGAGUACGGUGUUCGAGAAUGCCAACAAGUGGUUCCGGGAAGCGUUACGCCGUUGGGAGGCUGAGGAAUCUCCCAAGGUCAGCAAGGUGGAAAUUUUGGACUAUUUUACGUUCAGUUUGUUCGAGGAUGGAGAGUACCAGGAGGCGUAUGAUCGUACGAUUGAUCUACUCCGGUUGGAUCCAAAGAACGAGGGAGCCCUCCAGAAGAAGGAAACUUUCGCAAUGUGGUUGAAGUUUGUGGAAGAAAACGGGCCUAUACCAAAAGAGCCCAAACUGUCCCACCCUCUGUAUGAACCCUUGUGUCGAGGUGAAGUGCAUCGAUUCGCCGACGAGCUUUCGAAGCUACGAUGUCGGCUGGAUACCACAACUACUCCCUUCCUGCGAUUGGCUCCGCUCAAGGUUGAGGAAGUUAGCCUGGAACCGCCCAUCUAUCUCUACCACAAGGUGAUAUCGGACGAAGAAAUUGACAAACUGAUCGAGCUCGGCAAGGCUCGGCUGAACAGGGCUACCGUUGGCCAGAUGGUGUCCCAGGUUCGGAUCAGCCAGAACGUGUGGCUCAGUGAAGAGGUAGAUCCGCUGCUGGGCGUUCUACAGCGCCGGACGUACGACAUGAGCCGGGGGCUGAGCAUGCAGGGCUUCGACAUGGUGCAGGUCAACAACUACGGUAUCGGUGGACACAACAUCCCGCAUUACGACUGCGAUAGCGAGUAUCCACCGUUUCCGCAGUUUAAUAUGGGAAACCGGCUGGCAACGCUGAUGUACUAUCUGAGUGACGUCGAGGUCGGUGGCGGAACGGUCUUCCCCCGGCUUAGUCUCGGGGUGUUCCCCAUAAAGGGAUCAGCCAUCUUCUGGCACAACGUGCACCACAACGGCAACGUGGACGAACGGAUGCUGCACGCCGGUUGUCCGACCCUAAUCGGGUCCAAGUGGGUGGCCAACAUUUGGAUUCACGAGUACCACCAGGAGUUUGUGCUGCCUUGUAAGUUGUAUGCGGAAAAUUUACCCGAGGACAUAGGCAGGGAAGAAGAGUCGAAUUAAAAAUUUAGAAUAUUCCAAAAA